UGUUCCCUUUUUUUUAUUGUACAUGUACGUAACCUUAGUGUAACUGUUAAACUUUCUGUCUCUGACAUCUUUCGAACAAACAAAGGAAAACAGAACAACAACAACCAUGGGAGAGGUAGAGGUAGACACAGCUUAUGUCCAGGCCCCAGAACACAGGCCAAAACCCUCAGUGAUCGUGGCUGAAGGCAUCCCUUUGAUUGAUCUCUCUCCCAUAAACUACCAAGAUGAAGAAACCAUCCCAGUUUCCAUCGAAGGACUAGUUAAAGAAAUAGGCAGUGCAUGUAAGGAGUGGGGUUUUUUUCAGGUGAUUAAUCACAAGGUGCCGUUGGAUAAGAGGGAGAGGAUUGAAGAAGCUUCAAGGAACUUUUUUGCACUUAGUUUGGAGGAGAAGCUGAAGGUGAGAAGGGAUGCAGUUAACGUGCUUGGGUACUUUGAAGCAGAGCAUACCAAGAAUGUUAGGGACUGGAAGGAGAUUUAUGAUUUCAAUGUUCAGGAACCCACUUUUAUACCACCCUCUGUUGAACCAGAUGAUGAUGAGCAAAACGUUCAGUUCCAGUGGGAUAACCGGUGGCCUCAGAAUCCUCCUGAGUUCAGAGAAGCAUGCCAAGAAUAUGCACAAGAAGUGGAGAAACUAGCUUAUAAGUUGAUGGAACUUAUUGCACUGAGCUUAGGCUUAGUACCAAAUAGGUUCCGCAGCUUCUUCAGCCACAACACCAGCAAUAUCCGACUUAACCAUUAUCCACCUUGCCCCAACCCUCAUCUGGCUCUUGGUCUUGGACGUCACAAGGACACUGGUGUCUUGACUGUGCUUGCUCAAGAUGAUGUUGGUGGUCUAGAAGUUAGGAGAAAAUCAGAUGGAGAGUGGAUUCGAGUCAAGCCCAUUUUCAAUUCCUUCAUCAUUAAUGUUGGUGAUAUGAUUCAGGUUUGGAGCAAUGACUCUUAUGAGAGUGUAGAACACAGGGUUAUGGUGAACUCUGAGAAGGAUAGGUUUUCCAUUCCGUUCUUUCUGAAACCGGCACUCUACACCGAUGUGAAGCCCUUGGAAGAGUUGAUAGACGAAAGAAACCCUCCAAAAUAUAGAGCACUCAACUGGGGCAAGUUCCGUACUGCCAGAAUGAGAAGUAAUUUUGCUAAAUCCAAUGUUGAAAACCUCCAAAUUUAUCAUUUCAAGCUUUCCCAGUGACUGAGUUAGAGUUCAUAAAUUGAACACCAUGCAAAAUGUAAACUUGGAGUUUA